ACGUUCAAACGUUAUAACGCGAUUAUAACGAUUUGGCACCGAGAGAACCCCCCCCCCUCCCGCUCCGGUGAGGUGGACCAUUCCUCCACAUCCAGGCGAGGUGAGAGCGGUGCGGGUGCACACGGCGCCAGACGGACCAGAGCGGCUCGAGUGAGGAGAGAUAGAGAGACACGCAGCAGACGAGGAGCUCACCGGCCGAGAGGACUCUCUGUACAGCGAAACUCACCCCCAACAACAACAACACACACAAAUGGAUAUUUACGUGGCUUUGUUUCCUCUUCUCUUUUUUACCAAACCAGCUCUGGCUUUUGGAUCAGAUCAAGACUACCAGAUUGAUAUCAUCAACGAAUUUGACCUGGCGAAUGCCACCUAUGGAAUUACCCAAGUGGCGGGGCUUCACAACAGCAGCAAAGCCUUCCUGUUUCGAGAUGUUGGGAGAGCAGUUCACGCCCCGGCACACAUCACAGAGAGAGUGGUGCAGCUGUUCAGGAGGAAAAGUGAGUUUACCUUCUUGGCCUCCAUCCAGCAGAAGUCCUCCACGUCAGGAGUCAUAUUCUCCAUCCACGAGUCCGAACACAGUUACUUUGAGCUGGAGAGCAGCGGGGUGAGGGAGGAGAUCCGCUACCACUACCGCUUCAAAGGCAAGCCGCGCUCCGAGUCCUUCCCCUACCGCCUCGCUGACGGACAGUGGCACAAGAUCGCCCUCACCAUCAGCGCCACCCAUCUACUGCUGCACGUCGACUGUAACAGGAUUUACGAGCGGGUGAUAGACCCUCCUCAGAUGGAGCUGACCCCGGGCAGCGGAGUGUGGCUGGGCCAGCACAGCCACAAGCAUGGCCUGUUCAAGGGCAUUAUCCAGGACGUGAAGCUGAUUUUCGCUCCCAAUGGCUACAUCACACAGUGUCCCAACCUUAACCGCACCUGUCCGACCUGCAGCGAUUUCUUGAGCCUGGUGCAAGGCAUCAUGGACCUUCAGGAGCUACUGGCCAAGAUGACCCUGAAGUUGAACUACGCAGAGUCCAGGCUGACCCAGCUGGAGGGCUGUCACUGCGAGAGGACCUGCAGCGCCAACGGCCUGGUCUACCGGGACAAGGAGCUGUGGGUGGAGCCGGAGAACUGCAGGAACUGUGCAUGUAAGAACGGUGUGGUGGAGUGUCGCAGGAUUUUCUGUCCUCCAGCAAACUGCUCCGAGGACUCGCUUCCUGUACACGUCGACGGGACUUGCUGCAAGAAAUGCAGACCGAAAUGCACCUACAUGGGCCAGACCUUUUCCGAAGGCCAGCGCUUUUUGUCUCGGAGCUGCAGGGAAUGCAAGAACGGCCUGAUGGUGAAAGUCACAGAAACUUGUCCAGAGCUCAACUGCACCGUCGGUGAGCAGAUCUUACCAGAUGGCAGAUGCUGCAAUGUUUGCAGAGGUUAUGACUUCUGCGCAGAGGGACUCAUUUGUGGCGAGAACUCCGAGUGCAAAAACCGGAAUACUAAAGCCGAGUGUGAAUGCAAGAGCGGCUAUGCCUCCAUCCACGGGGAUUCUACUUACUGUGAAGAUAUUGAUGAGUGUGCGACACAGAUGCAUUACUGCCAGUCCAACACGGCGUGUGUCAACCUGCCCGGCAGCCACCGCUGUGACUGUCUGCCCAGCUUCAUCAGAGUGGACGAAUACUCCUGCACCGAGCACGACGAGUGCGCCAGCGGCCAGAAUUUGUGUGAUGAGAACGCCAUCUGCACCAACACCAUCAGAGGACACCUGUGUACCUGCAAGCCGGGCUACGUGGGCAACGGCACCAUCUGCAGAGCUUUCUGUGAGGAGGGAUGCAGGAGCGGCGGGACCUGUGUAUCUCCCAACACGUGUGUCUGUCCCUCAGGAUUUACGGGACGCCGCUGUGAGACAGAUAUUGACGAGUGUGCAGAGGGCCUGAUUGAGUGCCACAACCACUCCCGCUGUGUCAACCUGCCCGGCUGGUACCACUGUGAAUGCAGAAGUGGUUUCCAUGACAAUGGCUCCUACCUGCUCGAUGGGAGCUCCUGCAUUGACGUUGAUGAGUGCAGUUUGCAGACACACACCUGCUGGAAUGACAGCGUGUGUGUGAACCUCCCGGGAGGCUACGACUGCGUGUGCACGUCCGGUCCGGGCUGCGGCGGCGACUGCCCACAGGAAGAGGGAAUCAGACGCAACGGAGAGGACUGGAAACCCAGCUUCGACCGCUGUGCUAUAUGCUCCUGCAAGGACGGGCAGACCUACUGCCGGAGGAGACCCUGUGACUGCGGAGACCCAGACGAGGAUCUGUUCUGCUGUCCCGGCUGCGACAACAGGCCCAGCAGCCAGUGUCUGGACCAGAGCGGACGCACACUCUACCGCAGCGGAGCAUCGUGGCUGUACGGCUGCCAGCAGUGCCGCUGCAUGGAGGGGGAGGUGGACUGCUGGCCUCUGGUUUGCCCCGUGUUGAUGUGCGAGUACACAGCGGUGGCGGAGGGCGAGUGUUGCCCGCGUUGCGUCACGGACCCCUGUCUGGCCGACAACCUGUCGUAUGACAUUCGGCAGACGUGUCAGGACCCCGCAGGCGCCGUCCGCCUCAGCGGAGACACAUGGCAUAUGCCCCACUCACCCUGUACCUCCUGCAAGUGUAAGAAUGGAAACGUUUGCUGCUCGGUGGAUCUCGACUGCCUUCAGAACAACUAAAGCUCUCCUCCUCCUCCUCCUCCUGUCCUCCUCUCACUGCGGGACUGCCACGCCCCCCCUCCUCCAUCUGAUGACUAGCCCCCCUUGGAUUCAUACAAAUAGACUCACGCACACACAUGUGCAUGCCAGUGUGUGCACAGAAAAUACAAACAUGCACUGGACAGACUGGGGUGUUAAGGCUGUGCUUUUAUGCCGUAACUCGACAAACAGUGAGAGUGUGAGUGAGUGAGUGUGCGUGCGUGUGUGUGUGUGUGUGUGUGUGUGUGGCUCAGGCAGAGACUGAGGCCAUAGUCGCUCUCACCACAGUCACUGUGUUGUGUAUGUGUCUGUGUGUUGUUUCCAUUUUCACUAAAUGUCUUGAGGAAACCUGUUUAGCAUUACAUAUCAUCAAGCCCCAAAACAGAGACAAGCAGCUGUCUUUAAGAAAAAGGAUUCACAGCUGGACAGAUGUUGAGGCACUUCAGCUAUCUAUGUUGCAAAAUGUAAACUCACUCUUGCUUGGUCACCUAUAGGAAGUCGUCAUAAAACAUUUAUUACUGUGGUAACCAAAAGUAAUGCACCCUAAUUGUAUGCGAUGUUCUGUGAAGCUGAACGAAGUUAUUGUGGGGAAAUAAGAACAUUCUUCAUUAAAUUUUACUUUUAGUUAUUUUCAUGUUUAUGGUUCUGGGGCUGAACAUGCAAACAGAUCAAGGGUGCAUAACUUUUAUUUACACGCUAUAUAAAUGUUUUAUGACAACACAUCAUCAGCAUUCCUGCAUUUAGAGCCGACAGCUGUCUGCUUCUCCCACUUCAGGGACUGAAUCCUCCAAAUAUGACACAGCAAAAGAUUUCAUUGCAGCCCCUCAGUAUCCCAUUGCGUGCCAGUGAGUUGUCUUAUGUCAACCUGUUCUCACUCCCAACUCCUCAAAUACCACCACUUGGUCAUUACCCUGUGUAAGUACAAUGAGAGGGCUGAAUAAAACCAGAGUCAAAUUCCAUGUAUGUAUGUAUGUUCUUGGCAAAAUAAAUCUGAUUUGGAUUCUGAUAGCCCCUCGGCUUCAGAUACUGAUGCAUUCCCAGCCCCCUUUAGCACCCAGGCUUUCAACUAAUUCCAAUGUAAACCCACCUGCGGCAUUAUUAGACGGUCAGAGCAAGUGACGUAGUAUAAAGAGCAUGAGAGUCAGCUUACAGCGGGUGGGAGAGGUGGUGGAUGGGUCAAGCAAACACAGGACUUUCAACCAGGAGGCCGCUGUUCGUGGCCCGUGUGAAACUGAAAGUUUAUUUUAGGGAUGCACCAAUACCAGUAUCACAUCAUUAGAUCGAUACCGCUUUACGGUAACGUGGCGUUAACGAACAAGAUUAGUGCUUUGCAUGCAGGGCUGCUGUGGUUGAAGUGCCGUCCAGCUGUAACGAUAACCCGAUGCAGCUAACAGCCACAAUGUUGCGUGCAUUCUCGUGGACACAUGCAGUCACUUUAGUCCCCACCGCAUCAAUUAGUUUAGCUGUGAGGUUGUCAGUUGUGUGUCUGCCUGGCGUACUCUGUCAGGGUUUCCGCCAGUGUAUCGCAAGCCCGGCAUAACGUUAACGAGUGUCCGGUCGAGAGAGAGAGAGAGAGAGAGCGUGUGAUGAAGUUUGCAGUAACGUUAUAGCUGUGAACGCAGCAGCGCAGCGUACCGUUUAUUUGUUGGUGAAUAAAUACUACGAGACUCAAGCCGAGCUCCCGUGUCUCUUGCUUGCCACCUGUUGAUUAAAGUGAAGGGUAGGUUAGCCCUGAAGUUAGCAACGACUCUGGCUCAGGCACACUUAAGGUGGGCUUACCUUUAAGGUGGACCAGCUAUUCUCCGUUAAGUGAUGCGCUUUUUAUAUUUUUUCAUAUUUAAAUGUUUAAUUAUUAACAUCCCUACUGCAAACUAUGCUCUGUUUCUACCAGGAAAACUCACAGUUGAAUGUUAAAAUGUCAGUAACAGCGUCAUAUUGUAUAUUUACUUUGUUACAGUCAGAAAGUGAGGAACAUCUGAAAUUAAACAUGUUUUCUAAGUCGUUGUUAGAAUUGUAAUAGUAUUAUUAAGUACACAUACCGGGAUUCAUUGGCAAGUACCCAAAUGUAAGUACUUCGGUCUGAAAGACAGUGAUAUCCGUGCAUCCCAAGUUUACUUAUUUUGUCACAUCAGUCGUUAGUCACGUGACUCGUUAGUAUCGUUAGUCCCGUGAGUCGCUAGUCAAUUGGUAGUCAUGUGAGUCCACAGUCAACGUCAAAACAAUCUUUACUUAACCCUAACUAAGUGGUUGUGUUGCCUAAACAUAACUUCCUGUGAAAACCGAUC